GAUGAUUGAGGAAAGUGGGAACAAGCGGAAGACCAUGGCAGAGAAGAGGCAGCUGUUCAUCGAAAUGCGUGCUCAGAAUUUUGAUGUCAUACGACUGUCAACUUACAGAACAGCUUGCAAGUUACGAUUUGUACAGAAACGAUGCAACCUUCACCUGGUUGAUAUCUGGAAUAUGAUUGAAGCCUUCCGAGACAAUGGCCUUAACACACUGGACCAUGCCACUGAGAUCAGUGUGUCCCGCCUCGAGACCGUCAUCUCGUCAAUCUACUAUCAGUUGAACAAGCGCCUUCCUUCUACUCACCAAAUCAGCGUGGAACAGUCCAUCAGCCUCCUCCUCAACUUUGUGAUCGCUGCGUACGACAGCGAGGGCCGAGGCAAGUUGACGGUAUUUUCAGUUAAAGCCAUGUUAGCGACCAUGUGUGGUGGGAAAAUGCUGGACAAAUUGAGAUAUGUUUUCUCCCAGAUGUCAGAUUCCAAUGGCUUAAUGAUAUUUAGCAAGUUUGACCAAUUUCUGAAGGAAGUUCUGAAGCUCCCAACAGCUGUCUUUGAAGGGCCAUCCUUUGGUUACACAGAACACUCAGUCCGCACCUGUUUUCCACAGCAGAAAAAGAUCAUGCUGAACAUGUUUUUAGACACAAUGAUGGCCGACCCUCCUCCCCAGUGCCUUGUCUGGCUACCUCUCAUGCACAGGCUUGCCCACGUCGAGAAUGUCUUCCAUCCUGUGGAGUGCUCCUACUGCCGCUGUGAGAGUAUGAUGGGUUUCCGGUACCGAUGCCAGCAGUGCCACAACUAUCAGCUCUGCCAGAACUGCUUUUGGCGUGGCCAUGCCAGUGGCCCUCACAGCAAUCAGCACCAGAUGAAGGAGCAUUCCUCUUGGAAAUCCCCUGCAAAGAAGCUGAGCCAUGCAAUUAGUAAAUCUUUGGGGUGUGUACCCACCAGAGAACCCCCACAUCCUGUUUUUCCUGAGCAACCAGAGAAACCACUUGACCUUGCACACAUAGUUCCUCCUCGCCCACUGACUAAUAUGAAUGACACCAUGGUGAGCCACGUGUCCUCCGGAGUGCCCACUCCCACCAAGAGGUUACUGUAUAGCAAGGAUGCCCCCAGUCACUUGGCCGAUGAGCAUGCGCUGAUAGCCUCCUAUGUGGCCCGUCUGCAGCACUGUGCACGUGUUCUGGAAAGUCCUAGCCGACUGGACGAGGAGCACCGGCUUAUAGCUCGCUACGCUGCGCGGCUGGCUGCAGAGGCAGGAAACGUGACUCGUCCUCCCACUGACUUGAGCUUUAACUUUGAUGCCAACAAACAACAAAGGCAGCUUAUUGCAGAACUGGAAAACAAAAACAGAGAGAUCCUGCAGGAGAUUCAGCGUCUCCGUCUGGAACAUGAGCAGGCUUCCCAGCCCACCCCCGAGAAGGCCCAGCAGAACCCCACGCUGCUGGCAGAACUGCGGCUGCUGAGGCAAAGGAAAGAUGAACUGGAGCAGAGGAUGUCGGCGCUGCAGGAGAGCAGGCGGGAGCUCAUGGUCCAGCUGGAAGGGCUGAUGAAGCUGCUGAAGGAGGAAGAGCAAAAGCAGGCAGCUCAGGCCACAGGAUCGCCGCACACGUCGCCGACGCAUGGAGGUGGCCGCCCAAUGCCCAUGCCCGUCCGCUCCACGUCAGCUGGCUCCACCCCCACCCACUGUCCACAGGACUCCCUGAGCGGCGUUGGCGGAGACGUGCAGGAGGCAUUUGCACAAGGUACGAGGAGAAAUCUCCGCAAUGACCUGCUGGUGGCCGCCGACUCCAUCACCAACACCAUGUCAUCCCUGGUGAAGGAGCUCCAUUCAGGAACGCCCUGGACACCUGCACCCAGAGAGCUGCCCACACGCCCGGCCGCACAAGCACUGCACACUCAGGCACAUCGUAAGCCCACAGCCUGGGAGCAGGCGCGGCUCCGAGUCUGAAGGCGUGCAGAUCUCUCCGUACAGCAAGGCCCCUUGCUCACCCACUUUGCCCUCCAUUGCUGCUUCGUCCGCAGCCGCUCUCUCCCUAGGCCUCACGGACCGCCUCGUUCAGAAGCUUUCCUGGACGUCUAGAACCGAACCAGUCACGAAAGCUUCCAGACUUGCUGCCAGUUGCCUUUCUGCUCUCUCCCGUCUGACUUGUUUCUGAAACCCUCCUCCCUCCUUCUCCGUGACUAGGCUCGGACUGCCUCGCAGUUCACCUCCCGCGUCUGUCGCCUCUUCCGCGCCCCACGCUCACGCAUGUCUGUAACUUCUUUCUCGGUCUCUCCACCACUUGGCCACUUGGCCACUUCAGCAGCUCCCUGGAGACCUCUACCUCGUGGCGUUUUCUCCUGACAUAAAGCCCAGGGCAGAAAAAAGAAAAGGCCAUUCAGUCACAUCUCCGAGAGUCCCCUGGCUCCAUCAGCCAUGCAGCUGCCAGUGGUUCAGGAAUCAGUUCACAGUGCUGGGAAUUCUGUGUUAUGCCAGGGUCUUCCAAAAGUUCAUAGGAAAUGAGUGUUACGAAAAACUACAG